AGCUGCCAUGCCAAAUAGUGAGCGCAUGCAUAACCCCUGUGAUUUGAUUGUCUGUGCGGGUCCAUGAACGAUACAAGCGCGCUCCCGAGACUUCAGGUGAAUGGAGAGUGUGAAGAAGAGUGGGCUACGGUUCAGUACGCGUCGGAGAAAAGGAAGAAAUAAAGAAAAUGAGUUUUAAUACCACGUUUUGGGCAAAUGUUUUUACAACUGCGUAUCUACUAUUCGUAACGGGCUGCGUUGCACAGAAAGUCUACUUUGACUGUGGAGCUAAGGUGGAUGUGGUGGACGUCCAGGGGCUGAUACUGUCUCCUGGCUUCCCCUACAACUACUCCUCAGGGACGCACUGCGUCUGGCAGUUCUUCGUGCCGGUCGGUCACCAGCUCAUCCUGGAGAUCUUUGACUUUGACGUGUUCGAGAGUCACGACGCGUCGGCGCAGUACGGCUCCGUGUCGGAGUUUGACGACGAGGCGUACGAGGGGGGUCCGUUCACCCCGGCCGGGUCGAACGACUCCGGGGGUGCGUCGGAGAAAGAGUCGGCCCCUCAGAGGGACGUGUCCUCGAAGGUGCCCCAGUAUGCGCUGAAGGACGAGGCGAAGCACGUGGUGGUCCAAGAACAGUCCACCAAAAUGGAGAUCGCCAGGGUCUCCAACUCCGCCAAAAGAUCCGCGGACGCCCCCUCCGACCCAGCCUCUCCACCCCCGCCCUCACACCCCCUGCUCCCGGGGGCCCGGCCCUCCGGGGACAACGCCGCCAACUCGGCCUCGCCGGCCGUCCGAGGAGACCCCAACGCAGGCCUGGCCGCCGAGGAGUCUACCCCGACCCCGGCGACCCCCACCACCGCCUCCCCCACGGAGACGGAGAGCCCGGAGACUCAGCAGUCGGUCCUGGACGCCUGCCCUCACGACGUCCUCUACAUCUCCGACCUCGUCGCCUUCUCCUCGCGCUUCUGCGGCUCUAACCGGCCCUCCAGCGCCCAGCUGGUAUUCGGCUCCAGCCAGGAGAUGGUGGAGGUGAUCAUGGAGCUGAUCACCACCACCCACUGGGGACGAGGCUUCGCCCUGCUCUUCCACUACCACAACCGCACCGCCCAGGAGGAGGCGGCCGGGAGCGGGGACCGCCACGCCUACAGCCCCGCGGGCCCCGGGGCGGAGUCGAUGCUGGCGGCUGUCAGCGGGGCGGCGUUCUGCGCGAUGGUGCUCACUAGCGCCCUCUGUGUCAUCUUCAGACCCAAACUAUGUCCCAAAAGAGCCAACUCCUGCUCAUCCAACAACUCUGAGGUGCAGGAGGGGGUGCAGGGCCCGGUGGCAGACGCCAGCGAACUGAGGCUGGUGGUCCCUAAUCGGGCGGGCCUGGACGUCCCGGCUGAGAACGCCAGCUACCACCCCUCCCCCGGCCUGGGGCAGACGCAUGCAGGUUCCCCUGUCUGCGCUGGCGGAGAUGCGUCCCUGACUGCCGAGCUGGAGCUCUCCUCUAAUGGGCUGACAGAACUGGACUUGGGGACAGACGAGGUGUUCAUCAUCUCCUCGGCUCCCAGUCCCGGCCGACCAGCAUUCUCCCUCCACACACAGCGGGAGAGGUUCCUGAGACACAGUGACACGGGCCCUGUGAAGGACUGGCCCUCUCCAGACCCCACCGCCUCAGGCUCCAAGGCGGCGGCCCAGGACGGCACUGCCAGCUGUGCCCGGCCCCGGGCCUGGAGCGUGCGGACGUUCCAGGACUUCCUCCCUCCCCUCCCCCAGCUGCAUAAGAAGUGGUGCAGCUGGAACUCGACCAGUCCCUUCACCAAGCUGGUAGACAGCGCGCCAGCCAGUCUGCUGUCCGCCUGUCGGAGCGAGGGCAACAGGAAGGUGUUCUCGGACGUCCACCUCGACGCCCACGACGACAGCGCCGCCUCCGACUCGUGCACGAGCGCCGCCUCCUACCCGCUCGCCCAGCCGGGCCAGCGCCAGCGCCGCCUCAACUCCGCCAGCAACCUGCGGCGCUCCCGCUUCACCGGGCCCUGCUUCGGCCUGCUCUCCGCCCCCGCCGAGCCCGCCAAGACGCCCGGCGGCGCCCUCCACCUCCAGGCGCCCUCGUCCGAGGCCAGCAGCGGCUCCCUGAGCCCGCAGCCCCAAGCGGACGGGGACCACGUCAGCGUGCCCGUGUUCGCCAUCUCGGAGGAGGAAGACAGGCAGCCUCUGGUCCUGGCCGAGCACCUGGGGCAGGCGUCCUCCGGCUCCGCGCUCAACGGACUGAGCCGGGGGGGGGCGUACGACGGGAAAGGGUCCGCCGCGGGGAGCCCCCUCCUGUUCCCCAGGGGGAGGUCAGAGUGGAGGCCCUGGGGGAGCCAGGCCUCGGGGGGGGCGAGUCCUCUCCCCCUGGACUCGCCCACGUCCAACACGGAGUCCAAGUCCACCUUCAGGCACAGUACAGCAGGUCAGACCCAGCUGCCUUUGCUCAGCCAAUCAACAGUGCCGUGCAGCGUGGCGGGCAAAGAGAUGUGACCUGUCUCAGUCCGUGUGUGUGUGUGUGUGGAGGCUGGACCGAGGCAUGGGGGCACUUUAGGGCGGGCCAGUGAGGCAAUGAUGAACUCAUGUUAAUGUCACUUUGUCAAAUCUAUAACCUACUUCAUGCUUCCAGAAAUGAGCAGUUUUUAUUCAAUGAUUACCAAUUUCUGGCUUUGUGCUGAUCAAAUCUGAUAUUCCUACUUGAGACACUGCCUGUUUGUUUCUGAAGUCGAAAUGUACUUAAACAAAUAUGAGUUUCAUGCUGCUUGCCACUCCAAGGCAUUGAGGGGUGUUUCUGAAGUUUUGGAUGUUGUUUUUGGGGGGGGGGGACAAGAAAAAAAAAGAGCUGUCAUUAAAUAUGUAAAUGUAUUGAUUACCCAACUAAUUGAAGCACUUUUAUACAUGGUGAGUUUGCUCAGCAUUUUUUGAUACUUAUAACUCAGCUGACAUUUCUAAUGUGCACACUCAUAAAUCCAUAGUUAAUACUUGUGGAUUGUGUGCGGUUGUGCCAACUCCUGUCCUUUGUUUUAGCAUGGGGCCUGGAUAGCGAAUAAACACAGAGGUCUCUGAGGACACCAACAGUAUUAUCCCAUGCCUUCAAGUGUUAGAGUAUAGAUUACAAUGCUGUAUUAAUAUAGAUGCUGUAAUGCAAAAAUGUAUUUGUAUGUCUGCUACUGGAUUAUUUAAGGGAAUCAAUCGCUGUAUAAAAGUAAAAAGCAGAAGUCAGUGGAACUAUCAUAGCAAACUAUAAGAAACAUAGCAAUUCCUACUUUGUAUAUAGACGGGUGGGUUGGGAAUGAUAGCACAAGGCAAGUUUUAAUAAAGGAUAUUUAGUAUGUGAUUCUAAAGGUUUUAUCCCUGAAUCUUAACAUUUACAGUCAGGAAACUCCACCCAGAGGAAAGGUAUUAGCAGAGGUUUGUACACCACGUAAAGGGACAUGCCUUCCUGAUGGGUUCGGUCACCACUCACAGGUGACAGUGUCCUGGUAACUCUCAAAAGUUACUCCCAAAAUACCUAUUGGUAUGAUGUAGCACAGGGAGUGAGAAAUGCACCAGGUAAAUAGCAACGGCUAUAAAUCUUGAACAAUGAUCUUCAGAUCCAGCUGCUUAACAUGCAUGUCUUCAUUCCUCGUGAAGUACCCAAAGGCAGUGACCGUACCUUAACAGUCACAAUGGCUUAGAGGAGAGAAGCUGUCUAGCAACCAAGAGGUUGACGGUUUGAUUCCCAGGUGGGCCGACAGAUUGGAGCUUGGAAAAAAACCCAGAGAAAAAGGGUCACCACCAGGAUUCUGUGGCGUGGUGGGUUAAGCGGUCACUGAUGAUAAGUCAGGUGAAACUCACAUUAGUAACAUGAAAAUGAAGUACACCCCAUGAAAUACUGCAUGUCUCCAAAUAGUUUGGCAUUGUGGAUAUUUGAUAUGAAGUGAAACCGGUGUAGCAGCCACAAGCACACUUCACAAUUUCCCCAGACAUUGUACCCUCUAGUUCUCUUUAUUAGUGCAGUCAAACAGACAUGUUAGAUCACAUACAAGGAAGUAUUUAAUAACGCUACCACAAAGUAGAGGAGGCAGAAAAGCGCUCGAGGCUUUGCCAAGUCGUGUCCCACUGAGCUGGAGUUCAGAUUUCCCCAGGUACUAGCC